CAAAGGUGAUCUUUUUCCGACCCGUUUCCAAACAACGCUCGACGCCGACAAACGUAUUAACCCUCCCACCAAAAAACCAGCAAACCAACAGCCAAAAUGGGUCGCGUUCGCACCAAGACCGUCAAGAAGUCCGCCAAGGUCAUCAUUGAGCGGUACUACCCCAGGCUCACCCUUGACUUCGAGACCAACAAGCGUAUCUGCGAUGAGAUCGCCAUUAUCGCCUCGAAGCGCCUGCGCAACAAGAUUGCCGGCUACACCACCCACUUGAUGAAGCGCAUUCAGCGUGGUCCCGUCCGUGGUAUCUCCUUCAAGCUUCAGGAAGAGGAGCGUGAGCGCAAGGAUCAGUUCGUUCCCGAGGUUUCCGCUCUCGACUUCAGCCAGUCCGACAGCGGCCAGCUCGACGUUGACGUCGAGACCAAGGACCUGCUCAAGCACCUCGGCUUCGACUCGACCAUCCCCGUCAACGUCAUCCCCGUCACCCAGACCCAGGUCUCCGAGCGCAGUGGCCGCCGCUUCGGCGACAGGCCCCCUCGCCGCGACUAAAUGCAACGCCUUCACGACGCGACUAUUCCUGUACACACAUAAAAAAUGGAUUGUUGGGCUGGUUUUGCCUUUGCAUGGUUUGGGCAAUGAGGUAUUUGGGAUUGGGUUGCUUUUCGGCGUCUUCAUGGAAGGUAGUGAGAGCAUACUAGAUCAACACAGAGAUCUUUUGCCCACUAAGGUGUCGCUGACUCUCUGGUGCACUUGCACUGGGGAUGACGCUUGAUUGCCAUCUUCAUUCCUACAUGCCGAGAUUCUCGCCCGAUCUUGGACCCUGAUGCUCAAACUGGACAUGCGCGCGAUGUAAAUCGUGCCAUACAGCGAGCAGACGGUGCCAUUAACGGGCCGUGAUUGCCAGUGAAACUGUGAUUCAUGUCUAACAAGGGUAUCAUACUCCAACGCAAAAAAGUAGGUCAUGCUGCCUCGACACUGACCUAUGUGUCUAGCAAAACACGCACAAGCUUCUAUCUAAAGCGUGGUUUGUAGCCUUCAAGGAGGAUGUCCUCCCCGUCUUCGUCAUCCUCCUCUGCCUCUAAACUUGGUGGCUCGGGAACUGCUGUGGUUUUCUUCUCUCGAAUCGUAAAAUCCACCAGAUUGGUUGAACCCUUCGACUGCUCCGUAGUAUCGCCACGCUCCAAGGCCAAUGUUGACGACUUCUCUGCCUUUUUUUCCUCUUCCAUCUUGAGGCGGCCAAUGUCUGCAGCGAGUUCGCUGUCCUUGCCUGUCUCCUUCUCACCCAUGAGCUCUAUCUCGAUGUCCGGGAUCCCGAUGCGUUCCCACGCGGCCGUCUCGUUGAGCUGAACCUUGACGUACAGCGCCCGCCUCGCGCAGUCCUGAGAACACCACUUCUCCAACUCCUCAACCGGCAUGAUCUUGAAGUCUGGCCUGCCCUGGUUCACGGCUUUGAACGUGCCCGGACCGUAUCUCUUCCUGGGCUUGGCGCACAGGGCGUAGCCGCACAGGUCGUUGACGUUGCGCUCCUCAAUCAGGUCGUCGUAGUCGGUCGGCUGGAACGUCCGCACCUUGGCCUUGAACUCCGCCACGUCGCUCGCGGCCGGGCUGGCGGCGCUGUGGCCCGCCCCGCGGACCCGAGGGUGUUCCGACAGCUCGAUCAGGUCGUCCAGGACCUUUUGGUGGAUUGCCUUUUGCUGUUGUAUUAUGGUCGCGUGGCGGAUGGCCACCUGACGCGCCUCAUCGGCAGAUAUCGCGCCGCCUUGUUCUGUGGCUUGCGGAGAGGCGGCGGCUUUGGUUUUCUUGAGAAUGCCCUUCUUGGGCGCAGGUUUUGCGCCUGAUGUUGAUGUUGCGACUGGCAUGACGGGCUGUAUGUGUGUGCCUUUUCAGUGAAGUGAUUCUGAAAUUUUAAAAGGUUUGGCGGUUUUCAAUUUCGAUACCUAGUAGGUUCGAUCCGAUCCAACUUGAUUUGAAAGCACUCAACCUAGGUAGGUAGGUACCUUACGUACCUGUAAAGAAUCCAGGUCUUGCUCGGCUCUUGACUGGUUGGUUUAAGAAUUUGGUGUUUAUAGUGGGGUGGGUAACGAUGGGACCAAAGUACAGUAAAUUGCCUUCAGAUUCUU